AUGGACUUGUUGGACUUGGGCUUGGAGGAUCUUUUGACAGCAGAGGGUUCUUCCGCCAACGGGGACCUCGCUGGCGCCGACGCCAUCAGCAUCGGCACUGGCACCGACAUCUCAGGGACUUCGAAAUCUACCAGGGCGGCCCCCAAGCCCAAGGGUUGCAGCAAAGCUGCUGGGACGUACACCAACUGCAACGUAUGUGGCUCGACAGACAUGGCCAGGGGCAUGAAGCAAUGCAAAGAUCACAACAAGUUACUCAAGGCUUUCUGCGAAUUACGGGAGAAGGCGCCUGAACACCCACCAUCGGAGUUUGCAGCUUUGGUGUGUGAAUUCGAACAGAAAUACCCAGCCGGUGGCAGGGGCAAAAAGCGAGGGCACACUUCGGCAUCGACUGCGGAGUUGGUACAGAAGCACACCCAUACAAGCGGGGUCCAGAGAGGACUUCGCAAUGUCAAGAUGCACGAGGAGGAGUGGAUGCACCUCCGAGUCGAAAUCCAACGGUACCCGCGCGCGGAGGCAGCGGCGGCUUGGAAGGCAGUGAAGGCUGCCAUCUCGCCGGACCUCACAGACCAGAAAGGUCCUGCGCACAGCCCCUAUCGACAGCCCAUGCCGAAGGAGGAGUACGUGGACAAUUACGAGGACAUCUCGCAGGGGAAUCAGUUGUGCGUCAGGCCGGUGAAGAAGGCGAAGGCAGACGUGGCCGCCGUCGAGUCCAUGCAGGAGGAACUCUCCAAGGACCUCCCCGCGUUCUCGAACAAGAUAUUUAGUGGGGUUGGCGGAUCCGUCGCGGGGGUCCUGUCGCAGGCGGGGCUCAGCGGGCCGUCGCAGAGUGAAAUUCGUCCUGGUGACAAGAACGUGUUCUCGAAGCAGAUCGCAGCCGCCAUCGCCGAGAAGCCGCCUCAAGAAGAAACGAAGCGGAGGAAGGACGUGGACGUCGAGGUGAUCCGGAACCGCGCUCUUGAGAAGCUGGGCUCAGUGAGGGACAAGUUGAUCGAGAAGAAGAAUCUGGCAAUAGCCGCUCGCGAGAAAGCAAUUCAGAACUCCACGGAUUCUGAGGGGAAGAGCCGAGCCGACAGCUCCUCAGCAAGUACAAUUCCGGGGUUGUCCGCAGUGCUCCAGACGAUGACGGGCCGGGCCCUCUUGCUGCAGACUUUCAUCCAGGCGAUCGGCAACAUGGGGCCCGACGCCCAAGAGCCAGAUGGCGCCCCGCAGACCAAGCCUGAAGCGCCCGAACUUCUCCUGGGAGAGCCGUUCGUUAAAGCUGUACUCGAGGAAGCGGGGUACGACUUCGGAAAGAAGACUUACCCAGAUACCAUGCAGGAUGGCGCCGCGAAGAAGCUGACCAUUAUUCAGAAGUACUUCGUCGAUAAGAAGGUUCUUCAGCAGGCGUUAGAAACUCGCUUGGCCAACGGCGGGGCAUUGCCGUUUGAAUCAGAUCAGGUGCAAAAUGUACAACCCAUCUCGUACUUCGACGUAAUGGGGUCAUGCUGCGUCCCAGGCGCCAAGACCGUGGACGAUAUAAAGCUCGUGGAUGAGUCUUGCAAUCUAUCCAGGGACCUCGCGGGCAAUCUCAUCGCCUUCGCCAAGAAGAGCGCUGACGAGGCCUCCUCGUUUGUCGACCGGUCGGACAAAAAGUCCAAUCUCGCAGCCAAGAAGGCUUCGGCCUCCGCGGAGACAAAGGCGGCGGCCAAGAAGAAGGGCGAGAGCCCGGCCAAAGCAAUCCAGUCAAAUACAUUGUUUGACUCCAGCCACGCUUGCAUCAAGGCUAUGCAGUAUUACGCCACGGUCGAAGAUUUCAGCAAGGCGAAGUCGUCCGGGAAGCAUGACGCCACCGCCCCGCACUUCAUUGAGUCGAUGCCUCGAGCCACGGACGCGAUGAAGGGCCUCGGUGUCAAGGCAGCCCUCGGCGUGUUCAAGAUCCAGUAUCCUGUGAGCCACCAGAAGGAGGAAGGCAAGGGCCAGACCGCGUACAACGGCACGGGCCAGGAUGCCUUGCGCGAGAUCCUUCUGGAAGGGGUUGGCCACUCGGCAAGUAUUCCAGAGUUGUGGAAGGGCGCGCCGACCGAGAGGGUCUUCAUGCAGGUGAUGAUAUACGGAUGCACUGCGGCCAUGGCGCCCUUGACGGGCCCAGAAAGGUUGGGCCUCGCGAGCGGCCGUUACCAGGAGAGUGGCGUCCGGGAGGUGAUUGCUACCAGCGUGCAUUCGUUGUUGAAGUUCGCUGACAGUGUUGGCAUCGUCAGGUCUGAGAAGCAUGGCUAUUUCGACUUCAUGUCCCACGUCGCUGGCAAUCUGAAGGAGGACUCCAGCAUGCUGGACAAGUAUUUGGAGGAGGGUGGCCAGCUGCUAAAAGCAAAAAUGGUUGCUGGCACUUACUUGUACAUGCCGAUGGGAUACGUGGUGAUCGAGCGGACUCUGGGCGACGCCAACAGCUACGGUAUCCGCGUGGCGGUGUUCGACAAAUCGCCAGAGACGAAGGCUGGGCUCAACGAGAUGCUGAAGCAGAUGGAUACGAGCAACGACGACUCGCUGGUGAAGUUCUGGAAGGCUGUCCAGACACACAUGUGA